AUGUCCACACUGCUGGGAUCAAACAGCACCCACUUUGUGCACGAGAUUUACGGACAGCGGCACGCCAUCUUCCCUGCUCCGCUCGCGCCCGCGGCCAACUGGCUUGCUCGCGAUCCGCUCUUAAAUUCGUUCAUGGCCGAGGCCGACCUCAACCGAACGCUGAUCACACUGGUCAACCUUUACGGUCGCAGCCAAGAUGCAAUCGCCUUUCGUGACCGUCACGCUGCUGAUGUACCACUUGAUACGCUUUUGGAGCGCGUGUCCUUGGAACACCUCUACGACUACCUCGUCCAGCACAGCUAUUCGGUGGUGAUUCGUGAAGAGUAUUUUCCCGGGUACGCCCAAACAAGCCUUGAAGAGCUGAUUCAGACGGCUUUUGGCAGCUCGACAGUCACCUCGCAUGUGUAUCUCUCGGGCAGCGAGGCUCAUGCUCUCAACCCUCACACCGAUCCUUACGACGUAUUGGUCCUGCACCUGCAUGGCCAGAAGCAUUGGACUGUCUGUCAUCCGUUGGAUUCCAGCACCGAGUGGGCCGAUGCGUCCCAAGCUCAGCUGGCCCAGCUCUUUGAGAUCCAGCGCAAGAGUGUCGACGGCUGCACAAAUUUUGACAUUGCAGAGACGGACAAGAUGCGCUGCGAGCAUUUCACCCUCAGUCCAGGCGAUGUACUCUACCUGCCAAAGUCCACCAUCCACUUCGCCACAACAUCGCCCAACACAACUACCGCGCAUAUCACCUUGUCCCUGGAGCGACAGGGCCAAUCUUGGAUUGAUCUCGUCCGCCGUGCAUGUGCGGUUCUUGACAACCAGGCUUGUACCGUUAUCGAGAGUACCCUUGCCUCGCUUGAGACUUCACCCUCUGGCCUUCACUGGCUUGAGCUGGCCACGUUUCCUACGGACGAGCCGUGUCAGAUGGCCCAAAAGCGUCUUCUUGGUUUCGAAAAGGACUCUCUGCGUACGCUCGUGGCCCAGGACCCACAACUUGAUUUCACCUACGUGACCUCCAAGGAUGUCUUGGCUACCCUCCAGCGCUUGGCUAGCUGUACCGCCUCUUUGGGUUGGGAUUCACAGGGACGCGAAGUGACUUUUGAGGGCCUUCUCACCAACCCAGUGACCCAUUACGACACAUACGCUACAUCUUGCUACCCAUGCCCUGGCUGCCCGAGUGGCUACACCCGCACUGGCUGUGGGGGCUCCGCAGAGGGCACCUGCGUGGGUCUAGUCUGCCCCGCUUUGCCCGCAGUCAGCAGCGCCGUGCUCACGUACAGCAAUUCAGAGCGACGCUAUCCCGUUAUCGCAACGUUUGCCUGUGUUGCGGGAUUCGAGCAGACCGGUGGGGAUGCAAGUCGCUCGUGCACACCGGCGCUGACCUGGGCAGGAGCAGAAAUCAUUUGCACCCGUGUCUCUUGUGGGGACCUGCCCGCGCUCAGCAAUGGCUUUGUGGACACGAGCGGUGGCAUUGAUUUUGAGAGCGUAGCCACGUUUUCUUGCAAUGAGGGUUAUACCCGAAGCGGCCCAGCGAGCCGCACCUGCCAAGCCAGCGGCGAAUGGUCAGGCUCUGCGCCCAUGUGCGUGACCUUACCUUGCCCAUCCCUGCCCGUGUUUGCCCAUGGGUCGGCGACUAGCUCUAGCAGCAACCCGAUCGUGGGUGCGACCCUCACUUACGCAUGUGACGCCGGCUACACUCUUUCGGGCAAUACCGAGGCCACAUGCAUUUGGUCUGGCUCCGCCAUGAUGUGGAAUACUGAGGCACCGACCUGCACCGCGAUUCCGUGUGACCCUCUCGUGGCACCAGCGAACGGUGAAUUGGACGUGUCAAACAACGGCAUCUUUCCCGCCACUGCAACCUACAAUUGCCAAGCCGGUUACACGCUGACAGCGGAUGGCACGCGCACCUGCCAGACAGAUGGCACAUGGAGCGGGUCUGUGCCAGCCUGUACUGGUGUGCCAUGUGAAACCCUCACGGCACCGCCGUAUGGUGCCGUGAGCAGCACCCACAAUUGGUUUCCUAGCACGGUCACCUUCACUUGCUUUGAUGGCUAUGAAUUGGCUGGAGCAAGCUCUUUGGAGUGUCGAUCAGACGGGAGUUGGAGUGACAGCGCACCCACCUGCAAACCAUGCGCCGUCAACAUGUUCCGCAAUACCUCCACCUCGGGCCCUCAGUGCGAGUCCUGCCCAGCGUUUAGCUCGACUGGCGGCCUCACGGCACGUGUCACGUGCGCCUGUAAUGCUGGCUUUGGUGGUGUGGCUGGCUCAUGUCAAGCUUGUCCUGUAAACACCUCAAAGAGCACAGUUGACAAUGCACCCUGCACUGCUUGUGCACCAGGAUACAUGACCUCUGGCACCAACGCUGAGACAUGUGAUGGCGUUCCUUGUGCCAUGGUCCCCAGUAUUGCCUACGGAUCGUUCAUUUCCACAAACAACAAUCGCUAUCCCUCGACUGGCACUUUCAGUUGCGAGACUGGGUUUGCGCUCGCCAACGACGACAAUGGGGUGCGCACCUGUCAGAUUGAUGGAUCGUGGUCCGCCGAAGCCGCCAGCUGCAGUCCCGUGUGUGGCGACGGUAUUCGAGUGUUUGGGGAAGAGUGCGACGAUGGCGCCAACAACGGGAACGACGGCUGUGCAGACAACUGCACAAUCACUCCUGGCUAUUACUGCCAUACAGAAGGCGAAACCUGCUCAGUUUGCUCCAUCAACACUCCACCUUCCGAUCUCACGGUAGAUUGUGCCGAUUACGCCGUCGAUUUGGCGGUGUGGCGCGCAAACAACCUCGGUGCGGUGGCUGACACGCACACCAACUGUGGAGCUCCGACUUUUACCACGACAGCCCUCAAUGUAUCUGGCCCUGACCCAGGGUGCAGCGCCCAUCUCUUCCGGGUGGAUGUUAGCUUUGCCAAGGGAGGCUCCGACUUUUCGCUGGCCAACCUUCGAACGUCAGAUACGGUGCCGCCAGUGUUCACGGCAGUACCCGAUGGAGGCCUCACAUAUCAAUGCCACGCAUUGCCAUCGGCCAGCAGCGGUAUUUCCGCCACCGACACUUGUGCGGCCUUUGUCAACAUCACGAGCCGCGAUGAAACGAUCGCCGGGGCCUGCGCAAACAACUACACGCUGCAGCGAACAUGGACGGCUGUGGAUGGAUGCCAAAAUGCGGUGUCGGUCACCCGCAACUAUACGGUCAUUGAUACGACAGCACCCACAUUUCAGGUCCCGCCACAGAAUCUGUAUCUCGAAUGUGACGGCACGCCGCAGGACGCGGCCAUUCAGGCCUGGCUUGACAACAAUGGUGGGGCCACCAUCCGGGAUGCGUGCACUGGGCCCGUAACCGUCACGCACAAUUUUGCCGAGGUUGCCCACGGUCUUGUGGCUGGCUGCGCGGGUGUUGUUGGGAACGCAACCGUCACAUUUCAGGCGGUGGAUGACUGCGGUAACAUGGACCAGGCCAAUGCCACAAUUGUGCGCCGCGACACAACACCGCCCGUGUUUGUUGAAUUUCCCGAUAACGUGACCGUUUCGUGCAGCGCAGCCGAGCCCACCAAUUUUACCGUUGCUGUCACCGACAUUUGCACAGGGAAUGCAACCGUGGUGCUCGCUCAGACUUGGACCGAGCCCAGCGCAACCUGUGGUCACGCAUACACGGUGUUUCGCACCUGGACGGCCUCGGAUGUCUGCGGUAACAAGCUGAACCUUACACAUACCGUGAGCGUUGUCGACGAGACGGCCCCCACGCUGCCCAGCGGCGUACCCACCACGGUCCUUGAGUGCAACGCUGACUCAACUCGAGAUGACGUUACAGCCCUUUUGGAAGCACAUGUCAACAUUUCAGCAGCGGAUGCGUGUGGUGGUAAUGCCAUCACCUGGUCCUUUGAUGCCCUCAACCUGUCUUCGACCCUGACCGGCAACUACUCAGCCCAGCUUUACGCACAUGAUGACUGCGCCAAUGCGUUGCCUGUGGCGGCCCCGAUCAGUAUUGUAGAUACCCAACCGCCGGUGCUCUCCAAUCUCUCCGUGGCCAUGGCCUAUGAGUGCGAUGCAGUCCCACAGACCGAAGACGUUGUCGUCCGUGAUGCCUGUGAUACCAAUGUGCAAGUGGUUUUUGGGGACAACAUCACCCAGGGCCAAUGCCCUCAAAGCUACACCCUGGCCCGCACGAUCUGGGCCACGGACAAUGCUGGGUGGCAAGACAACUUUACGCAAUUCUUGACCGUGGUUGAUACCACAGCACCACAGUGGGUUGCCCCACCGGCCGACGUUGUGUUUGAGUGCGAUGGUGCAGGCAAUACCGCCAACGUGACCUGGUGGUUGGAAUCCUUUGGCAAUGGCACGGCCCAGGAUGCCUGCUCAAGCAACGUGACCUGGCAAUCAAACGGCGCCAACGCCACCUGGUCCCAAGGCUGUGGUCAGACGCUGGCAACCUCAGUUCAAUUUAGCGUGCAGGAUGAGUGUGGCAAUGCUCGGACGCACACCGCGUCUUUUGCUGCUCUCGACACCCAACCCCCCGUGCUGUACUGGGCCAACACCACCGUUGCGCCUGUGUCGACUGCAGCCCCUGCCUCGAUCACGGGUGCAAGCACUUCAAAUACGAGCUCGAGUGCUUCGCCCACGACUGGGCCGGCUGUCACAUCAGCACCGGCUGGCGAUGAGCCAGUGUACUUGGUCGGCCCACCGCCCAACAUGACUCUGGAAUGCAUCGGUCGGGCUGGCCUUGAGCCCACGCGCCCUGAUCCGUAUAUGGUGAUGGCACGGGAUGUGUGCUCGGGCUCAGAAUAUGAUGUUGCCUACGAGGAGACGCGACAUGAUGGACACUGCAUGGGCCUCGUACGCUACGUGCGGGCGUGGACCGCGGUGGACAGCUGCUCAAACGCUGGCACCAUGUAUCAAACCGUUGCCAUCCAGGAUACCACCCCUCCUCAAGUGCAGAGCCCGCCCCAGGAUCUCCAAUUGGAGUGUGAUCGCGAAAGCUCUGCUGGCCAGCUGCAGCAGUGGCUCGACGCAGCCGGCUACGGGAUAGCCGAGGACACGUGCUCGGACGUCACUUGGAGCCACAACCUGACAAAUCCAAUGACUACAUUCCACGCAUGUGAAGGGAUGAGCAGCAUGGUUGUGCGCUUUACCGUGACUGAUGACUGCGGGAAUGCCGCCCAUGCUUUUGCCACAGUGAAUGUGGUCGACACGCAAGCGCCCAUCAUUACGGCCGUGCCCCCUGCGCACACCAUCGAGUGUGACUUGGCUAGCCAGGAUGCACAAAUUGAAGCCUGGCUGCUCCAGUCUGGUAACGCUCUGGCUGUCGACGGAUGCAGUGAUACGCUCUCACGCAACUAUACCUCCAGUCAGCAAACCAUGUGCGCCAAUACCAAGGUUGUGACGGCCAAUUUCAGCUUCACAGACACCUGUGGCUGGCAAGCCAGCGCCUUGGGUACUUUGAGCGUUCAAGACACGGUACCGCCCACCAUCGUCCUACGCGGAUCAAAUGCCACCACCACGGAAGCUGGCUUUGCGUGGCUUGAUCCGGGAGUGGAAGCGGCGUUUGAUACAUGCCAGGGCGCCAUCAACGUUAGCAUCGUGCAACGUCAGCAAAAUGUUAACAUCUCCACUCUAGGAGAGCAGGCGAUCGAGUACGCAGUGGCCGAUGACUGCCAAAACACAGGCAGUAUCGUGCGACUCGUGACCGUGCAGGACACCCUGAGCCCGGUGGUGCGUGUGCAACACAUUGUAACCCGCCGCAUUCGUCGCGGCGCCAAGUUUUAUCCUUCGGCCGACGUCACGGCCGAGGACUGGCUGGAAGGAUCUAUCACAAACUUUUCAUUCGUCCCACCCGUGGAGGAACUUAGCGCGUCGGCAAGUGGCAUGUACGUGCUGUCCUACGCUGCGUCGGAUAGCUCGGGCAACAUGGCCGUUGCUCCGGGCGAACGGGUCAUUGUUGUCGACGCUGAGACCGAGGCCAAUGUCUCGGAGAGCUCGCGUGUAACGUUGACCUUUGACACACGACUGGCCACGCUGGCAGUGCCGGCCAGGGCUGUUGCCGUCUCGCUGUAUGUCAUCCUUCAAGCAAACGGCGAUGAAGCAUCCAGCGCUCGCCAGCUACUGACACAGGCCUAUGAACGUCGGCUGGCCGUUUAUCGCGAGCCGCUUUGCUGGGCUCAUCAGGCAUCGUUUGUGCUCUGCCGCUUGGACAUGGUGGAGGCUGCACAGCGACAUCUGGAGGCUCUGCUCACACUUGAAGGCUUGGUGGCUAUUGCACCUUUUGGCGUCGAUGUUCUCGCGUAUGAAAUUGCCGUCGCCGACUCGACACUGGCCGUGCAGCAAGACUACUUUAUGCGAAUUGGUGCCAUUGAUGCCGCGCUCAUUGCGUGUGAAAGCACGAGCUGCCGCUAUCAUGUUGAGCGUUCGCAAGUCGUCCAAGCUGCCGCACAAGAAGCCGCUUUUCCUCGCGCCGUCUUACAGCUCCGUGCCCUUUCUUCGUGGAAAGAUGCCGACAAUGUUGAACAAGAUCUCUUGGCAUUAGGUUUGUUCCCGCUAUUCGUGCACGCCACGGAUGCUGCAUCAACCUUUGAGGCCAUGGUCCUGGGCGUACCCGAGCAGGAUGCCUUGAUCAGCCUUUUGCAGGAACGAAACUUGGAACUGAGCGAAAAGGCGGAUGUGGCUAGCAACGUCGUGUUUGCCAGUGGCGUGCGUUUUACGCUCAAUACCUCGGAGGCCCCAACCGUGAUGGAACUGCUCCACGGCUGUGGUUUGGCAGGUUAUUCUAUCGUCAACAGCACGCAUAACAAUGCGACAGGGACGCUGGACGUCGUUGUCCAAGUACCUGGCGUUCUGCAUUCGGCUAUGCUUGCCACCUUGCAGGCCCAAGCAGGUGUGCUGUUCGUGUCAGACCCGUGGGCAGUGCGGCAAGCUCCCAUCCAGGAAGAUGAGUUUCCGUUUGCUUGGCAAUGGGACCUUGACCUGGAUCGUCUACCAACGACAUCGACGACUCGCUCCACAAGCGCCACUGUCACCUCUGAAAGUGACUCGGCCUCCUCCUCUGCCAGCCCCCUGCAGCGUCGCGAUGUGGAUUCAAACAGCUCGGUACCGAUGACGGCUGAAGAGUAUAUUUCCGCGAUCCUCGACGACCUCAAUGCGACGUCCAAAACAGAGUUUGCUUGUGAGGGCUUUUCCGCCGCCCUUUGGAGCUGCACGCUUCGGACGGCAGCCCAUUGGUAUCCAGAUACUGUGACAACUCUGCUGUCCACCUAUCCGGGCGUUGCGUCUAUCAUGGUUGCCAACGACACAAGCAUGGUGGGCUCGCUACAAGAUGCGGUAGAGGACUGGAUUUAUGAAACCCUUGGUCAAGACGGAGCUCCAAGCUUGAGCGUGCAUGUUCAAGCCGAAUUGACUGGGACAGUGGUCAAUGGUCAGCGCAAUGCUGUGUACACUGUCACGGCCGGCUUUGUCAGCAACCCCAAUGCCACGUACAGCCAGCUGUAUUCAACGCAGGGUGCCUUUUUGGAGGGUGACUCUUCCUUCACGGCUUUGAGAGCCAGCAUUCUGGCGCUGAAUAUCGAAACAAUCGUGGAUGUCGUCCUGUCAGAUGAUAGCCCUGAUGCCGUGCUCUUCUCUACGCGACCACUAAUGGAAGAUGCAGAGGUGAUGCAAAUUCUCUUGACCAACACGGCUCUCUUUGAUUUGGGCAAUCCAGGCCCGGCCCGCCACCUUGCUUCGCAGCGGGUGGGUACCACCUGCAACCACAACAACGCGCGGGCCAGCCAAGCCACAGCCUACGAGCACAUCGGACCCCACACACUCUUCCUCCAGCUCUUCCUCUGCUUCGUCAUCCAUCUACAUUGGUGCGAUUGGUGGUAUCGUCGGUCUCUUGGUGUUGGUUGCAGUGGUCGUCAUGGUCCGGCGCUGGCAGCGCAAGGGCACCAAGCCACAAUUCGAUGCCCAAAACACCGAUCAGAUGGCGGGGUAGGUGAGGUUCAGGAAUCUACUUAUGGAGACGCUGAUGCUGGUGGGGAUGGCGACUAUCAAGACCUCCACCAUGAAGUCUGGGGAAAAGGCAACGACGAAGAUUUGCAGGCCGAUGGGAUGUACUCUGACAUGUUCAAUGAACCAGAUAAGGCGGAAGAUGAUGGGCUUGAUGAGAGCGGCUAUUUGAAUGUGGGGGGGGACAUGGAGACUUCUGAGGAUACAGAGCAGCCGGGAUUUGGAUUUGAUGCCUUUGGCCAAAACGAUGAUUUUGAUCAGAAUGGAUUUGACGACUCCUACUUUGAGGCCGAUGACCUUGAUCGAAAAAGCGGUAACGCCGAUGAGUAUCUUGAAGCCGAUGGUUUUGAACAGGAGGACACUGCCAUUGACGAUGAAACUGAUGAAUGAGGUGACCUCGCCACCUGGGUUCUUGCUGCCUCUUCGAAAUACCAAGACCUUUGGCAUGUUUGAUUUUAUACCUGCUAGAGGUCGUCUACGACGCGGUUGAGCUUGCCAUAUGCAAAGCCGUUGAAGUGCUCGGGCUCUUGACUGUGCUUCUGCUUUUUGAUGUUACAUUUUUGUUUUCGUUUCAAUCAUGACACAUAUUGUUCCGAAUUUUGCUUUCCCUAUUCGUGCCAAAUUUCACGACAGUUGGACUCAGGUUUUUGACUUUGUUUUGGCCACAUCGCUGCGCGCGAUUUUUCCCUCAGACAGCCCUGCACCUGGAUUUUCCUGGAGGUUAUGUGAAUAGGAAUGCAAAUGGUGUGGCUGUGAGCGGCACCAAAGAUCAGCAUGGUGCAUGACUUCGUCUUCUCUUGCAUACCGUGACUGAGGAGCAAGGGUUUGAUGUUGCUUAGGCUGAUGGUGAGUCUUGGGAUGUGGUCUUGGUGUGUCAGCCAGUGAAUUGAUGCGAG